GCAGCGGCGCCACCGUCCAUCCGUCCACCCCUUCAGUAACGGCAGAGUCGUUGUAGGGAGAAGUGCUGUUGCUAAGGACAGAAGAUGUCUCUAGAGAGGCUGGAACUCGAUUUGGCACUGAAGCUGGCCUUUGUGGAGAACACUCUUAUCAAGGUGGAAGAAUAUCGCCAACAUCUCCAGGAAAAUGCACAAAAGGUUAAAGAUGAAAUCCAUGAGGUUGUUGAGAAACAUGUUGGGUCACUAAGAGUGAGGGAGAGACAGUUGGUGCGGCAGGUGGAGGUUGUCACUGCCCUUCAGACUUGUUUACUUGGAACUCAACAGGCUGGCCUAAUGCAUGGUAAAGGAGCACUUGUAGCCACACGCGACCUUUUAGAGCGCUGCUCUCCAACAGAUACCAGUACCCUGGCCAAGAUUAAAGUGGAUGACAUGGAGUGCUUGAAGAAUGUUCAGCCGGUGAACCACGUGUCAGUACAGCUGGAUGAGACUGCCCUUAGCUCCGCUGUCUCGGAAUUUGGUUCUGUCCAGCUACCGGACACUAUCACCCACCACCCAUCUCCAGUCAUCCCAGCCAAAGUUGAAGAAUACGAGGAUGAUGAGCAUGAUGUGUUGCACAAGAGUGUUGCUGGGGCAGCUUCUGGACCCGACUCUCCUCUGCGCAUCACUGUCCAAUUUCCUCGUCUGGCAAACCACAAUUGGCUUGCACAACAGAAAGAACAAAAUUGUAGUCAGACUGCAUCUCCCAAGGCUCUUAGUGGUAUCGGUGGGCAAGCCAAGUCUCAAGAUAUUACCUCUUGGCUAAGUGGCCUUCAGCUUGCUGGUGCACAGGAGGAUGAAGAUGAUGUUCCAACACAAAGUAGUAUUGGGAGUUUUGACAUGGUGGCCAUGAAUAGUCCUGUGCGAACCUCAGAUGGUUCAAGUAUUGAAAUUGUUUCGAGCCACUAUGACUCUGAGAAGGAUGUAUGCAGUACACCAGGUUCUGCAAUGUGAGAUUGAGAAUCUUCAUGCGUUUGUUGGUGACAAGUCCCGGUGGCUGAGUGACAAGCUUACAAAUCUUGGAAAUGCUCUGCUGCAGCAAGUUAAUAUCAGCUCUGUAUGCCAAGCCAAUGAGACUUGCUCAUCAUUUAAUGACUGUGUAUGCCAGAAUAAUUGCAGAGAAACUGCUUUGGAGAAGUUGCAACAGUCUGCUAACUUUAGAGCGAAGACAAGUCGGAAGAGGACGAUGUCCGAGUCUGAAGGAAGUAGACCUAUACUAGCUCACAUGGUGAGCAUUCUUGCUUCGGAAAAUUCACAAUGGCUGUUGGAGAAAUGUAACGUAUUCAAUUUUACCACUGCCUGUAAAGCGUGCCAUGUAUGAAGCUCCAGGGGGCAAGUGGCUGAAGCUAGAACGUAAUACACCUGUCAGCUCGGCACCAAGAGUUAAACUUGCCACUCACUCAAAUAUCUGGCUUCUUAACAAGUUCAAGAGAAAGACAAAAACACACAAGAAAAGGAUGAAAAGGAUAAAGAGAAAUGUAGCAAUGAAAAAGAAAGUCAAAUCACAACAGAAGCUCUGUCUGAUGCUCUUAAAAAGGUGAGUAUGAGCUCAAGCAGUGAAAUUUGGGAGAAGUUUGACCACACCUGCUGGCAGGCUAAGCCCAUCGACUAAUGGACAGUCAUGGCUAUUAUCAAAAAACAUUGAUGCUCAUCAGCAAGUCAGAGACAAUAAGCUGGAAGAGAUGGAAGCUAUUAACAAAAAACAGUGGUUGAGUUGUUCAUCAGACAGUAGUCCAAUUAUGAAAAAAUGCGGAGUCAUGGCUCCACCACGUUUACCUGAAUCUGUGCUUUAUGUAGCCAGCUGGUGUAAACAGAUGGCUUAUGAAAAAUUGUUUUAAUGGCUCUCUCAGGGUAACGCUACUGAUGGAAAAAGUAAGUCUACCUUUCGAGCAAUUUUCUAUAACUUUGAGGAUUAUAUAAUGGAAAGUUUUGUACAGGGGUAUCUGGCAAACUGACAAUAUACUAUAUUUUUGAGGCAAGUUACAUAAACAUUAUAUAUUUAAAGCAGUGUUAUGUAUUGGCUGUCAGUAGAUUAGAAUAUAUACUUCACAUUCUUUUGUUUGUGAGCACAAAAUAUAAAUUGAGUACAGUAAUUGUUUCGAUGAAAUUACAUUUUACAAAAUUUUUUAUCAAUAUUUUUCAGCUUUAUUUGACAAACUAUAAUGGAAUAUGAUGCCAUUAGUGAUUUGAUUAGUUUGUACUUCUCAUAUCAUUAUCAUGAGGUAGAAGUGUGAUCUAGUAUCUAGCUUAUUGGUGUCUUAACCUGGCAGUUACAUAGUGCAGUAUCUUAACAAAUUGUCAUGAAUAUAUAAGUGUAUACGUACAGUACUGUACUGUGUUCUAGACAGGAAAUUUUUGGGUAUAAAGCUGAUGGUUGAUGGCUUAGCCAAUAGGAGUUUUAAUGCAAUAGAGGAUUAAACUAAGCUAAUUCUACACUGAGAUGUAUGGUGAGAGAUUAGACUUGUUUGCUUGACACUGAGUUACAGUAAUUCUUGAAAGAGAAUGACCAGUACAGUACUGUACAUCUAGUUAUAUUGUAAAUUGAGAUUAGAAUUGUGUAUUAUGAUAUUGAUAUUUAUCUUAAUAUUAGAGGAAAGUUACCAAUUAUUAUUUGACCACAUAAACAUUCAUCAAUUAAAAUUUUAUUUCUACAUAAAUUUUUAAGAUUUUUUUUUUUUUUACAAAAUGAACCCAACAUGAUUUUGCUUAAUGAUAGAUUUUUUAAGUUUUAACAUUUUGACUUUCACAUAAUGAAAAUUUAAUUACAAUAUUUUUUGUCAGGAUAAAAAUUUUUCUAAAUUAGUGAUGAUAAAUGUUUAUGGUCGGUUCAGAUAUGGACACAUUUUAAAAGUUUUGCUUGGAUAUAUUCAAUCAUGCAAGAAUUUACAGUAGGCUCACCAAUAACGUCUAAUAGGUACCUGAAAAACACCGUUAUUAGCGAAAACGUUAUUUGUGUGACAUUAAAAUACAUAUAAAAAGGGUGUAUCGGUGCCGCCGCCCCAAGAAUUUCACCAAAUUUUUC